GCCAGAUUAACCCCCAUUCUAAAACCUAACGAGCGCUUCCCUCUUUCCCCCAACCUCGCCUCCCGGCCGCCACCGCCGCCGGUGCCGGAACUCGGUGCCCAUUUCCUCCUCCGAUGUGGCUCUCCCGCUCUCCGAGGACCCUAAGAGCCCUCGUCCAUAUGCGGCCAUUCUCGCAGGCGGCGGCCGCCGCCGUCGCCCCGUGGGAUCCGACGGAGGCGCCGCUGGAGUACCUCGAGGGGUUCCCGCGGCCGGACCCGAAGUACAAUGAGACGAUCCUGGCGAUCCCCCGGUCGAGUUCUGGGAAGAACAUCGCGGCCAAGGAGCGGAAGGUGGGGCGCGUGCCGAGCAUCGUCUUCGAGCAGGCCAACGGCCAGGAGGGCGGCAACAAGCUUCUCAUCUCGGUCCAGGCCAAGCAGAUACGCAAGCUCGUCGGCCACCUCGGCCGCUCCUUCUUUCUCGCCCGCCUCUUCGAGCUCGAGGUUCGUUCCGAGUUGGGAGCUGGGGACAUCAUCGAGAAAGUUCGAGUCUUGCCUCGAAAGUUGCAUCUUCAUUCAGGCACUGAUGCGCCUCUUAACGCGACGUUCAUGAGAGCUCCUUCCUCUGCAUUACUGAAAAUAGAUGUUCCUCUUGUCUUUAGAGGAGAAGAUGCAUCCCCUGGACUUAGAAGAGGGGCCUACUUUAACACCAUAAAAAGGACAGUUAAAUACCUCUGCCCCGCUGACAUCGUUCCACCAUACAUAGAUGUUGAUAUAAGUGAGUUGGAUGUGGGCCAGAAAUUGUUAAUGCGAGACCUCAAAGUUCAUCCUGCACUUCGCCUGCUUCAAUCACCAGACCAACCUGUUUGCAAUAUCAUAGGAUCAAGGGGGGCUUCAGAGUCAAAGAAAAAAUAAGUCUUCUGCUGUGCAUGCCUGAGAAACCACUGUUGACAAAAUAAGGAUUUCAAUUUUGAUGCUUCGAAUCAGCUGCCAUCUUUUUCUCCAGAGUUAGGUCACAUUGUCUCAGAUAAGAAACUCGUUGCUCCCAUAAGAACAAUCGAGGAUCCACAUUGUUCCUCAAAGCAUCGACUGAGAUAUGAUUGUACGUAGAGUUGUGCAAGGGUCUGCAUGAAUGUUACUUGCAGAAAACCCAUCUGCUUGCUGUAUCAGGAUCAAGUACAGUUGGAAAAUUCUUAUAAUCUUUGACAACAUCGAGAAAUACUGUUCAUGCGAUGCUGAUAUUUAUCAGGGGUUCAUGCCUUGCUACUUGUAACUUUUGAUGGUUCUCUUUUGAUAUAGGCACACGAUGGCUGGUAAGUUGCAUGUGCAUGGAUGGUUCACAAUUUUUUUUUGUUGCCUAUUUUUGUUUGCUUAUGUGAUAUUGGUUGUGACAACAGAAAAACGCUGUAAAGUGGCGUUAGUUGACUGCAGCCAAUGUUUAAGGCAGUGGCAGCAUAGGUCAUUGUCUUUUUUAAACAUUGGUUAUUGAAGAUUACCUAGAAACAUGUGGAUUUUUAUC